AUGGCAGCCAACGUAAUUCCCAAGGAGACAGUAAUUCCCAAGGAGACAGUAAUUAUCGACAAUGUGCUCCGUUAUCCACCCUCGGGACUGAAAAUCGUGAUUGUCGGCUCUGGCCCAGCUGGUCUGCUUGCGGCAAUCGAAUGCUGGAGGAAAGGCCACGAUGUUGAAGUUCUUGAGAAAUCACCAACCUUCUCGUCUAUCGGCGAUAUAGUUGGUAUUGGUCCUUCGGCCUGGUCUACUCUCCAUAAUUAUCCUAGCAUGGCGAAAGAAUAUGUGGAAGUGGGUAUUGAUGCGUUAAUGACGCCUUGCCAUUUAGAUGGCCGAUACGCAAUGGAGCCGUUCGAGUUUGAAUACAACCGAGAAGGCGUUGCAGAACAUGCUGCAUAUCCAUUCCGAGCAGUAGGAAUAAAUGGACGCGCCGAUCUUACAAGAAUUCUCCUCAACCAAUGCGAGAGGCUGGCUAUUUCAGUUACGUAUGGCGUAUCUAUCGUCGAUUACGCAGAGGAGGACGGAUUUGGUGUUGCUAUCUCUGACGACGGGAAACGAUACCAAGCCGACCUGAUUGUUGCCGCAGAUGGCAUCGCAUCUAAGUCAUGUAAACUCAUUCUUGGAGAACCUGUUCGUCCGGUUGGCACCGGCUAUACAGUUUACCGUGCAGCUAUGACAUUGGCCGAGGUACGCGACUCACCACUGGUUAAACAGAACCUUGCGACAUGUGAGCGACCAGAAGCACGACUGUAUAUUGGGCAAAACCGGCAUAUUGUCGUGGUUAUCGACAAGCGUCUGGUUUCAUUCGCCAUCACACUUCCCAAUGAAACACGUGGCGUCGCACAGGAGUCUUGGUCGUCGACUAUAAGCGCUGAGGAGCUGUUGGGCAUGAUUCCUGAUGUGGAACAUUUGGAUCCCCUCGUGGUCGAAUUAAUCAAUAAUUUCCCCAAUGACAGGAUUGUAGCAUGGAAGCUGUGUAUGCGCAACCCCCAAUCAAAAUGGUCAUCGGAGGGAGGUCAUGUUGUUCAGGUUGGCGACAGUGCUCAUAGCUUUAUUCCAACAUCUGCGAAUGGCGCUACGAUGGCACUUGAAGACGCUAUUUCGUUAGCCGAAUGUUUAAGACUCGGUGGGAAAAAGGAUGUUGCCUUAGCCGUCAAGGUUCACCAGUUGUUGAGGCAUCAACGCACGACACUUAUACAACGGGUAGGGUUAUUGAACAGAGCCGCUUGGCAUCAAAACCGAGCCGAUAAUAUCUUGGGCGUUCGUAAGUUAAUGCCCCAGGGGAAAUGGAUGUGGGGACACAAGCCUGAGCGGUACGUGAUUGAGAAUUUCCGUAAGGCACGCGAACAUAUCGAGACCGGUGCACCAUUUGAGAACACCAACCUUCCCCCUGGCCAUAAACUCGAACCUUGGACGCUAGAGGAGGAAGUUGAAAAGGAGAAAUUGGGCCAAGUUUUCGAUCUGUCAACAAACGGCGAUUGGGGUGUUUGUUAA